UUGGACCGGAAAAUAUAUCGGUUCACUACCUGCUGCUCUUUCCCUUUGGAAUAGGAUCUGAUUUCCUGCAACAUCUCCUCCUACACCUUGCUCUCUCCUCUUGAAACAACACAGAUAAUUGGAUUUUAGCAAGUCUAUGAUGGAACUUCACGAUCUUCUGGCACGAUGUUUGGUGAUGAUCGUUGCAGUGAUACAAAUUUCUACAAUCAGCUCAUGUCUCGGUACUGCAGUAUCAAAUGAAGUCCCUGCACCUUAUCUUGAUAAAUAUGUUGCGAAAUCAUACUUUAGCAAACAUGACAAUUUGAUAGACUCAAAGUUUGAAGAUUUCGUUGCGCAUGACAUUCUGUCCGGCGCCUGUGUAUCGCUGCAAGACAAUGUCGAAUUUGAACCAAAGCUGUCUGCUUUACAUCGAAAGCUGAUUGGUGAAGGCUCCCACCGGCGUCUAUCAUCAUCUUUCAGACUGAAGAUGUCAUUGGAGUCUGUUUCCAGGCCUCCAAAAUCUUGUGAGGUGAUAAUUGUUGAAAGACUGCCUUCUGGAGUCUUUGCAGAUCCUUUUGAGCUACAACACCUUGUGCAGCGUGGUGUUCUUAGGGAAGCUGCUGUAUUUGGAGAUACAAAUUUAGAGUUACCCUCAUUUCGGUCAAACCGGUCACUUGUUGAGGUUCAUCUGGAAACAGGUUCCAAUUUAAUAUCAGAACAGAAGGAUGAACAGGAAAUACACACAGAACUUCCUCUACAUGCACGUUAUCAGCCACUAGGACACGGAUUCUCAAGAGUCGAAUUUGCUUCACCUGACUUGUUUCUGCGCUGCAACACUAAAGGAAAUCAACAUGCCACGAGCUGUUUGUUUUCACUAGACAAACAGAGUGCUGAAUCAAAUGAUAGUCAUCCUGUGUGGGAAGUACCAUGUGGAAGUAGAGAACACAUGGAAGUUGUAUCUGCUUUUACUUUCAUCUCAGCUGUUGUGUCAGCUCUUCUCAUCAUUGUUGCCUCAAUUAGGUACUCUCAUGACAAAGCGUGUAAUGCCUUGAAACAGCCGUGAAUAAUUAAUGACUUUAGCAAGCUAUUCUUUCCGCUUUCUGGACUAACAAUUGGCAAGAGAAACUCACUUGAUGUUAGGUAAACUGAUAACCUCCAUCAGUUAUAGCUGCUGCUUAUCUAUGUUUUAAACUUCUGUCAUUACUAAUUUCUUAGAUCAACUACUUUUAUGUUAACUGUUAUAGUUACAAGUUACAACACAGAACAUUGGCAGACGGAGGAGAAGUGCAGGGCUUUGGAUGUUGCUCCACUAACACUUAUGUGGGUUGCAUAGCGAGAAAGAAAUAGGAGAGCUUUACAAGGGCUAGAGCUAAUUUCAUACAGUUGAAGAGUAACCUCUUAUCCCUUAUUUUCUUUUGGUGCACCCAUGAGAUCCCUGUAACAUAUAUAGGUAUAGAAGAUUGGGUGCUGUUUGUCGAAACCAUAUCUUUGUGUAGAUUUUCUACUUUUUAGUAUACUUUUGUAUACACACGAUUAUUUUUUCCCAAACAUUAAUAAAAUCGUAUUACUUUAUCAGAAA